AUGAUAUAGUAAUAGGAAAUAAGAAAAUUUCAGGAUCAGCAUAUCAGUUAUCAUUAGGAUGUAAAACUAAUUUUUCAGGAUCAGCAUAUCAGUUAUCAUUAGGAUGUAAAACUAAUUCUAAUAAAUGCAUUGCAUCAUAGAACAAUGUUAAUAGAUGUUGAUUAAAAUGCAUCAUCUUAAAAUAUUUAAUACCAUCAAAGAAGAAAUUACAGUGUCAAGGCAUCGAUUCUGUUAAAUCUAGAAUUGCUUUACUGA